GGGCGGCUAGACGUGCCCAAUUGUUUUUAAGCGGCUCAUCAGACGACCCGGAAGCGGAAGCCGAAGAACAUUCUAGUUGCUUGAGGGAUCGGCGGGAGCGGCUGAGUGGCGCGAGGAGCCGUUACCAGAGCCAGAGUUGCCGGUUAAACCUGAUCAAGAUGACAACCUCCCAAAAGCACCGAGACUUCGUGGCAGAGCCCAUGGGGGAAAAGCCAGUGGGGAGCCUGGCCGGGAUUGGUGAAGUCCUGGGCAAGAAGCUGGAGGAAAGGGGCUUUGACAAGGCUUAUGUGGUUCUCGGCCAGUUUCUGGUGCUAAAGAAAGAUGAAGACCUCUUCCGAGAGUGGCUGAAAGACACGUGUGGUGCCAAUGCCAAGCAGUCCCGAGACUGCUUUGGGUGCCUUCGAGAAUGGUGUGACGCCUUCUUGUAAUGUACUCUGGGGACUCCUCAGCCCCCCAGCCACAGAACCGAGUCUCCAGAGUCCAAAGCCGGGUGGGGCUUCUCCCCGUCCUCCAUGAAGGAGAAGAUUGCUGUUGUCUCUCGCUCACCUCCUAUGUGCUCCAGGUCUUUGGGGAGUUCUCUCCCCUCAGCAUUUUCAAUCUUUUUGGAAUUUCCCCCUUGCAUGUCUUGCCACCCCUCCCCUAAAGUUCCAUGGCAACAGUUACCAGCUUUCCUGAAUGGAUUCCUGGACCCUUUCUCCUUCCAUUCACAAUCUAUUGGAUGCCCUUUGGCUCCUUUUUGUUUUUGUUUUUUGUUUUUGGCAAAAAUAGUAACUUCUUAUAAAAAGAGUUUUAGAUUAAUAAAGUCGGUGGCCUUCA